AUGAGGACGAUCGUCUCCCGUUUGAUUCGUUACAAAUCGUCUCUUCCCCAAGCACGGAUCGUUUCUGCCUCCGGUGGCGGAAGGUAUCUCACCACAGACUCUAACAAAAUCGAUGAGCCCUUCAAUGUGGAAGAAGCAGAGACUGUACAUGUGCCUCCACCUCCAACCGAGAAGCUGCUUGUCCUGGGUGGAAAUGGUUUUGUGGGAUCACAUGUUUGUAAAGAAGCUUUAGAUCGCGGCUUAUCUGUCUCUAGCCUUAGCAGAUCAGGUAGGUCGUCUGUACAAGAGUCAUGGGCUACCAGAGUAACAUGGCAUCAAGGAAACCUUCUUUCAUCUGAUUUAUUGAAAGAUGCUCUUGAUGGGGUGACUUCUGUGAUCUCUUGUGUUGGUGGUUUUGGUUCAAACUCCUAUAUGUAUAAGAUUAAUGGGACUGCAAACAUCAACGCAAUUAGAGCUGCCUCAGAAAAAGGUGUUAAAAGAUUUGUCUAUAUUUCUGCUGCGGAUUUCGGAUUAGCCAACUACUUGUUGGGAGGAUACUAUGAGGGAAAGCGAGCUGCUGAGACCGAGCUGCUCACAAGAUUUGCUUAUGGAGGGAUAAUCUUGAGGCCUGGUUUUAUCUAUGGCACUCGCAGUGUUGGGAGCAUGAAGAUCCCAUUGGGAGUGUUUGGCUCACCUAUGGAGAUGAUUCUUCAACAAGCAAAACCACUAAACCAGCUUCCAUUGGUCGGACCUUUGUUCACACCUCCGGUGAAUGUUGAUUCCGUUGCCAAAGUCGCCGUAAGAGCAGCAACGGAUCCGGUGUUCCCUCCAGGGAUUGUGGAUGUCCAUGGAAUACAACGUUACAGCCAACAGAAAUCGAGAUAA